AUGGCUGGAAACUCUGCCCUUUCCAUUGUGACAGACGAGAAACAGCAACUGAGACCAAAUCUCAAUUUCUUGCUUCUCCUUCAGAUCAUUCUUUCGGCUCUACUGGCCUAUCUCAUUGUCUACACCCACUCACAUUACCCAGAGGAGUCAACAAUAUGGUUUCUCCAAUGCUCACCUGUCUCUGGUGAAGCAACCUCCCUCGCUGUCCGGAACCCUGACGGUACCGGCGUGGCAGAGUAUGUUGACCAGGCCGAGCUCGUGAAGCGCGUUAACGUGAAGCUUUUUGCUACCGCUCUCGGUGCUCUCGGUGGCAUAUCCUACACUGCGUGCGCAGCGGAUAUUGAGCCUACCACCAAGGCAGCUAUUUGCGCAAUCGCUGUCAUUGGCACUGUCAUCAGCGCUGUUUCUGGUGUCAUUCGUAGUCUUGUCGGUCGCGAUGGACUCGCCAUCGACCCUCGCCUUCCUUCCCAGCUUGUUCACCACUUCCCUCAGCAAGACGGACUCAGCACAUUGAAUCAACUUUACUCCGCAUACCAGGAUACUCCAAUCCUUGUUGCCCACAGUGACUGCUUCGGACCUGGUUGCCAUCAGGUGCACUAUUCCACCAGGAAGAGCACUAUUGGCGAUCACAUCAUUCACAGUUUCUCGGCCAGCCCGCGUCACAACAACUCCAGCGUGCAGCGGCGAGACUGGUCCGGUGAUGAUUCUGGUGCUGGAAAUGAUGAUGGUUUGUACGGUGUGUACACCUUUAUCAACGAUAACCCGACAGAUGAGACAGCAGAAGCCUACGACGGAGAUUUCCCGGAUCACAUGGAGAAGGCGUCUGACAUGGAUAUUUUCGCCAACCAGGGAACUUUCUGCUACAACAUUGAGGACGCGGAUGAUAAUGACAACUACGGUACUGCCGGAUACCUGACUUUGCAACAAGAUGAGCCCUACUAUGAUCCAGAUCAGGAAGAUGCAUGGAUUGACCAGUGCAACAACUCCCACUAG